AUGUUCAACGGCCCUGUUCCUGUUACUGCUACAGUUGUUCGCAGUGUUGAUAUUACUGUUGUCGUUAUUGCUGCCGCUGUUGUUGUUGUUAUUAUUGUCGUUGCUGUCUUCUUUGGUACUGGAUUUGUUAACGUUGUUGUUGCCGUUGUUAGUGUUGUCGUUGUUAUCGUCGUAGCGUCGAUUAUUGUAGCCUGCAUUAAAAUAACAUCAAAUGGUCAGCGUCAACAACUAAGCAAACUCGGCAACAGUUAA